AACAGCGUUUCUGGCAGAUUUCUCAAGAAGUAUGGAGUUGUGAAAAAGAACACUGUGUGGUUGUGGAAUGGAUACUAUCUUCAGUCAUCCAAAGUACACAGAGAUGUUGGCCUCAGGUGUGACAGAUGAGGCGCAUAUUAAGAAGACAUUUCAAGUGUACCUGGACUUGUGUGAAGUUCACCAGUGGUGGAAUGUCAGGCUUCACCCCUGCCAGCAGUUCAAUGUCAUCUUUAUCUCUGGUCGGCCUCAAAGGGGAUUGGAUAGAGAGUUUGUUCUGACCUUAGGUGCUGACCAAUCACUGAGUCCACUGGACACACAUAAUUAUAUCAACCGUUUGAAGGAGUUCAGCAAGACAGAGGUGGAUGGAUUAAACGUAGCUGUCACGGACACAGACUCUACCACAGCCUUUUAUAAGCUGACUGCAGGCCUGGUGCCAGUACCACCCCUGGUAGCAGAAAACAAAUUCAAAUUCAAGGGACAUAACCCUGGCAGAGCAAAGAGAUUUUUCACCUAUCCCACACUGCCCAAAGAGUGUGAUGUUGAACAGGAUAAGGGAGCAGGUGAAGCUGAAGAUAAUUGAUGUAUUAUGGGGGUUAAUUGGUUGUAUUGUGUGUGCAUGAUGGCUUAGCAGGAGAAAAGUGGCCAUGAGUACUUAGCAAGAUCUAAAGCCCUAAUUCUCAUUCUAUCCAUGUGUGGUGAGAAGACUUGAAUUGGGCAAGUGACACUGAUAGUCAAAAGUUCUGACAGGCCUUGUUCCUUUAGGCAGGUGUUCCUGUAGGCAGGUGUUCCCAUAGGCCUUGUUCCAUGGACGGUUGUUCCGUGACGCCUGUUUUCUAUAGACUGGUGUUCCUGUAGGCAGGUGUUCAUAUAGACCUUGUUCCAAUAGACGGGUGUUCCUAUAGGCCUUGUUCCAAUGGAUGGGUCUUCCUAUAUACCUUGUUCCUAUGGAUGGGUGUUCAGUGACACCUUGUUUCUAUAGAUGGGUUUUCCUGUAGGCAGGUGUUCCUAUAGACCUUGUUCCCUUAGGUUAAUGCUCUGACAGGCCUUGUAUCUAUAGGCGGAUAUUCCUAUAACCAGCUGUUACCAGUUGCAUGUGUUCCUAUAAGCCUUGUUUCUAUAGGCACAUGUUCUGAUAGGCCUUGUAUCUUUAGUCAGGUGCUCCCAUAGGCCUUAUUCCUAGAGGCAAAUGUUCUGAUAGGCC